CGUUUCCACCGGGAAACAUUUAAGCGACACAACUUCCGUUCCGCAUUCUUUCGCCAUACUAGCUUUAGCUAGCGUUGUUUUGAUUAACAUAAUAUUUGAUUCGAGUAAACAAUGAAGCUUCUAACGCAUAACAUGCUGACGUCUCACGUCAAAGGCGUAACUAAAGGAUACCCGCUGCUCAUCAAGGCGACGGAGGUGAAGGUGAACGAGGUGGACUUUAACGCGCAGUUCGUCAGCCGCAUGAUCCCCAAACUCGAUUGGAGCGCCCUGCUUCAAGCUGCGGACGAGUUGGGGCAGCGACAAGACCUGCCCGGUGAACUGAUGGCGGACUUUGAGAGCAACGAGGAGUUCCUCAAGAAGGUCCACAGAGUUCUCUUGGAGGUGGAGGUUCUGGAGGGCUGCCUGCAGUGUCCCGAGUCCGGACGAGAGUUCCCCAUAUCCAAAGGGAUCCCCAACAUGCUGCUCAAUGAAGACGAGGUGUAGACGCAAACUCUUGACAGACUGGACUGUGGCUGUGUGUUCUAAAAAAAAAAAAAAAUGAGGUUAGAAUGUGGCUUGGGUUGAAAACGAGAUUUAAUUGGAUUGUUAAUUUGUACUUUUUGCCAUCAAAAGUUGCCUCGGUUGCACAUUCAACCCUACGUUGUUUUAUCUGUAUUUAUUUUUGUAAUCUUUAUUUUUUAUUUCUUAAUAAAACCAUGCUGAGAUUCCCUCGACA